UCAAAAUGGUAGACGGACCGAUUUGCUCAGGACAUCAUGUUAUGUAUUUAAAACUUUAGAAAAUUGGGUCAGGAGGCGCCUUUUGAUUGUCAAUGUCAUCCAGUAGUUGUUAUGCAAGGGACGGGAUAAAGAAAGAUUUUUCCAACGACAAACAGGCAGAAGACAAGAAUAGAGCUAUCAUCUGGAGCAACUCGUGGCCAUGGCUUCUCCAGGAUUAGAAUCCUUCUGUUGUCAGAACUUGUCCGCAUAUUACCCACGCCCUGAUGGUCAUAGUAUAAAACAAGACAGUUUUCAAACAAAUGGAUACAAUGCUAUUUGCAUUUUGUCAUCAUUGUGCAGUAUCGUGGGUGCAUUAUUCUUGAUAUUUUCUUGUAAGAAUUGUCGUGACACAAGACCAGCUGAUGUUGGCAGACGGCGAUUGGACCCUUCCAUCCCGCCAGGGUAUUCAAAGAGAAUUAUUGCAUGGCUGGCUGUUGCAGAUCUUUUAGCGUGUACAGGUAUUUUGGUUAGGGCUUUGGUGUGGCUCAUUGACCCUGAUGAGGAAGACCAUGUUAUUGAAGAUGGCAACCUCGAUUUUGCUCACAUCUUUUGUGCUAUUUCUUCUGGUUGGAUCCAGUAUUUCUACCUCUCAACGUACAUGUGGACAUUCUGUUAUGCUUUAGAUAUAGUGUUUAUGGUCAAGAACAAACAAAGUCGCCAGAUUCUCUAUCAUAUCUUAGGAUGGGGAGUGUCCGGAUGUCUGUGUCUGGCAGGAAUAAUACCCUUGUAUUAUCCAUCUCUCUUGAUGUGCCAGUAUGAUUUACUCAACACAGUGCCACACUUCCUCUCGUAUUACAUUCCCUUGGUCUUUGUGAUGAUAACCAAUCCGCUGCUCUACAUAUAUGCAUCGAAAUUGGUCAAAGGUCUGGUGAGCGGUCGAUCCGGACGUUACACGGAUAGUGAACGGUCAAUAGUCGUUCGGAUACGAGAAAAAUUCUUCCUGAUUAUGCUCGUGUUUUAUGUCUGCUGGUUAGUAAAUGUGAUAAAUGGAAUCUUGCUGAUAUUCAAACACCAAGUCAGUAGUGGUGUAUUUGUUGCACUCUGGAAUGCUAUGGCUGUUCUCAACCCACUGCAGGCUGUGCUGAAUACAUUAGUCUACAAAGGCAUUGCUGGAGGUAUUUGCAGGAACCGACAGCACACGGCAAACUCUCAUAUCAACAGCCAUCACAAUUCGACCACCAGGAAUGAAUUUGCUCGAAGUUUCAAUUACUCCACAGACAAUGAAACAUCCCCUUUGCUCAACUUUAGGAGGUAACCAUGGAAACGAAAGUGGGCGUAAUAUACGUCUUUUCUUCAGAUCAUCAGUUGUUCAGAAGAUGCUAGGACAGUUCUUGUGACAUCUGCUUACUAUUAUAGAUUACAUGUAAAGCUUCAAUGCAUCACAGCUGAAUAUAAUAAGACAUGCAUCAUCUUGCAGAGAAUUGUACUGAUUAGGCCAUCGGUAGAAUUUGGAUUUGCUGACAUUAUUGCACCAUCUUCUCAUCUGUGUAUGAUAUUGAUGGGUUGUAUAAGAAAAUUAAAAGCAUAUUUGGUAGUAAAGUACUAGUAUUAAGAUCAAAUAAAAAUGCUAUAGUCUUGAUACAUUCUCUCUAUAGUAUGCUAUGUAUUAUUGAUAAGGAACUAUAUUGCAAAUAUACUCAUAAACUGUGCAUUGUGAUAUUUCCACAGCUGAGAAUUUCGUUUCUGGGAAAGUAUUGGUACCAUUGCCUGUGAUGUCAGGGUACUGAUGGGUCAUAAAAAAAUUAACGAUAUAAUAUGUGCUAGUAAUUUACUGAUAUCAAGACCCUGGUGAAUCAAUGUCACAUCGAGCCGCAGACAUUCGCUAUUGAUGAGGUACUGCAUUCCUGAUAUACUCAUAUACAUGUGCUGCUCAUUGUGAUAUUUCUACUGCAGAGAAAUAGUUUUCUGAAAAAGUAUUCGUGCCAUUGCCUGUAAUUUUAGGAUACUUGAUUGAUGCUUUUUGACAACUUAUGUUAUAUUGUGUAUAUGAACAACCCAAGUCUUCCACAGAGGCCAUGGACCAAAUCAAAAAGCGGCUUUUAAAAAUUCAUGACUGCAUUUUUAAAAAAGCUAGCUACAUUCCUGUAGCUUUAAUCAUAAAGCUACUUGCAGUAUAUCUUUUGGUUGUUGACAAUGUGUUCACUGAUAAAGGAGAAGUUGUAGAUACAAACAUGUAAUUUCGAGUUAUCUGCAUCAUGUUAAAAUUUGUAAAUAUUUUUACCCAAGCAAUAAAUUUGGAAAAAACCAAA